CCAAUUUUGCUGCGAAACUGUAUCUAUUUGAUGGAAGCUACGGAAAAUCUCGAACGAUUCAACUACGCCAGCGGAAUAAGCAGUGUGAUGUUUGUGGUGAUAAUCCCACGAUCACAGAACUUAUCGAUUAUGCGGCUUUUUGUGGUUCAGGAGCGUGUGAUAAGUCCAAUGCAAUGGAGUGGUUCCUUAAAUCAUACUUACAGGUAGCAGAGUCAUAUCAUUUUGCACAGAGGAUGAUUAGCGGUCAUCGAUCUAUCUCAAUUCGAUUCAUAGUAACAUGUGAGGAUAGUCGACACAUUGAAUGCUGCAAUUUGCGCGAAGCGUUUAGGAUUGACGAGUCUGCAGGCGAUUCAUUCCUGGACAAGUAUAAUCUAUCGGGCUAG